AGAUACCUAAUUCGGAAUUGGGCAGAAAAUAACAGUGAAGCAGCUUGGGAACAUGAAAUUUUGCUGAAGGUGGAAGGUGCCAUGAAGGGAAUCCGGGGACAAUGCAAUUCCUGCUACCUCGACACAACCCUUUUCAGUUUAUUCAGUUUCUCCUCUGCCUUGGAUAGCAUCCUUGAUUCUGCUGAGGUACACGAUACAACAGCACAGCAAAUACUAAGACAGGAGAUUGUGGAACCAUUGAGACAGUGUGGCUAUGUGGGAGCUGAGAAUGUGAUGAACUUAAGGAAAUUGCUGCAAUCUGACAGUUUUGUUACAGAAGAGAAAGAUCCAGAGGAAUUCCUGAAUGUCCUUCUAGGAGAGGUCCUGGCUAUAGAGCCCUUGCUCAAAAUCAAGGCAGGCAACGAAGUACUUGAGUAUAAUUGUUAUCAAGUUCUUGUGGCAAGAGACAGUAUGGUCAACAUGCCCGCUGUGCAGCAAUGACUGGAAGAAUCUCUGCUUUCCUAUGACUUGAAAUUUGCUGAGAUUCCUUCAUGCCUCAUCUUACAAAUGCCAAGGUUUGGAAAGGGGUUUAAGACAUUUUCAUCAAUGUAUCCUUCUCUAGAACUUGACCUCACAAGCUUGGUUGACCAAGGUAAGCAAGUUUGUAACCAUGGUAAAGAUUUUAUGCUGGUUGUGUUAGAAAUGUGUCUGCCAAACUGAAGACCUACUGAUCCAGAAAGAUUGCACACAACUCAACAAUCAGCAAACCAGGGCCCAUCUGAGGGCUUUUGGUGUCUUAGGCCAGCCACUAACAGUGCCCACCUGCCAGAAGCACACAGCCCUGCCACGGCCUGGGUGCACUCCAAGUACUCAAAGCC